AGAUGGAAGAUUCAAUUUAACACCUUAGGUACCGGGAGUAACGUACAGACACGGACUGCACGGUUUCUAAGGACAUUCUGUCAGGAUUAAAAGCUCGAGCUCGGGAGGAGCCGCGCGCUCUGACCUAUUAAUACGGCGCCAGUAUGUUUACUCUAUACAGGAACACGCUCAGAGCGCUCACUACUGGACCUGUUUCCUUCGUCUGCCACAGCAGCAGCGCCACCUGCCUGCGGAGCUUCAUACUGCACAAUACAGAGGAGGUGACUGAGCACCUGACUCCAGAAAUCCGUCUGCGGCUCUUCACACCACGCUGCGCGUUCUGGAAUGCGCGUCCUGAGCUUUGGCCCUACGGAGAUCCCUAUUGGGCGAUUUACUGGCCUGGAGGGCAAGCUCUGGCUAGGUAUCUUCUGGAUAAUCCUGAGGUUGUAAGAAAAAGAGAUGUGCUAGAUCUUGGGAGCGGUUGUGGCGCUACAGCUAUUGCUGCUGCAAUGGGUGGAGCCUCUUAUGUUCUGGCCAAUGACAUUGACCCAGUUGCAGGAGUGGCUUUUAGCCUGAAUUGCCAACUGAACAGCCUGAAGCCUUUAGCCUUUCACCCAGAGAACAUUAUAGGCCAAGAUCUAAGGAAUUGGAGCCUGAUAGUUCUGGGUGACAUGUUUUAUGAUGAGGAUUUGUCUGACCAACUACACCAGUGGCUGAGACGUUGUAUUCUCAAGUAUGGGACCAGAGUGCUUAUUGGGGACCCUGGCAGAAAUCAGUUUCUAAGUCACCCUAUACAAAAACAGCUGCAUAACCUGGCAGAAUAUGCAUUACCUGAAGCCACUAAACAAGAAAAUUAUGGAUUAACUACUGCCAGGGUCUGGAGCUAUGAACCCUAAUGUUGUUAUGGUGGUUAUAAGUUCUGAUCAGAACAUCCUGAAAAACUGCAAAUCAUUUUAGGAAUAAUAUAUACUAUAAUAUAUGUACUGAAUAUUGUUUUGUAUAAUAACUAUAUGAUGUCUGCUACUGGAUAACCAGAGAACACGAUUUGUUAAAAUUAUGCUAAAA